GCGGCUUCAGGGACCCGAUUUCGUGGCCUGAAAGAGCAGACUGACCGCAUGAAAGAUAAUGUUCUUAAACAUCUACGCAAGACCAAAAUACCAACCUCAUUUAACGACAAGGCCAUACUUUUAGCAAAGGAACAAGGCGCCAGGUUGUAUCUUGACAUGGAGCCUACGUUACGCAAGGACAAGCUUGAGGAACUGGUGAAGAAACUAGACCUGGAACUCAAAGCAGAGAUGGAGAACAAGGAAUCAGUUGAGCAUGAGUUGAGCCUGCUGGAGGCAGCAGAACAAAAAGCCCCAAGUUCAAAACGGAAAUCAGAAAUCAGGGCCCUAACAAACAAAAUAUUGAAAUCUGUGGAAAAACAAGAUGCCAUGCGUCUGCUUAUGCUGCAGUACUGUUCGGGUCUGCAGAACUGUAUCAACUCCUUAGAAGCAGACGUGAAUAUCUUGAGAAGUAAAUCAGAGUUUGAGAGAACUCAGACUCUGCCGAAGGAAAAUGAACAAGCCAAGACUUCCCGUUCAGGUGCAGUCGGAGGGUUUGUGCGAAGGGCGAGUUCUUCGGUGAAGGAAAAGAUGUCAUUCAUUAAGAAAGAUUUCGGGAAGAAGGGGGUGAGGAGUGAAGAAGAUGAAAAGAAUUCCAGUUCAAAGAGUAACAACAACAGCGGUCUGGUUGUGAUUGAAGAAGAUUUUGUGACUUCUCUGCAGGACAGUUUGGAGGAGGUAAAAUCUAGAAGUAAGGACAAAGAAUAUGUUGAUAGUCUGACAGAUACCGCAGACAGUACUGAGGUUAGAGAAGAUUCUGGAAUGGGGAAAAUGCUGUCAGAAAUUAGCGAUGGUCCGCCAACAGCGAAGCAGCAUCCACUGAUUGAAAUAUGUGUAGAUGAGGCAGAUUUACCAGCAGCAAGGGAAGAAGCCUUAAAUGACAGCUGUGAUCCCAAUGAACCAAACGUUCUUUCACAAAUAGAUUCAGGGGUUCCAAGAUCUAGUUCAGAUUCCAGGCUUGAGAUGAGCAAAAUGUUCAGCCUCCGACCAGAAGACAUUCUCCGUUACCGCGGGACCUCCCUGCCGAGACUUCUAGCCAGUGACGAUUCAGACUCGGAGUCAGAUUACUUGGUGAUUGAUUCCAGCGACGAGCAUGUUGUCACUGACAGCUCAGACAGUGAGAAUGACCAGAAUGUUGGCUUCAAAGAUGGAAAGAACAAAUCUCACACCCACGAUGAUGAUGAUGAUGAUGAUGACCAGGGUCAGCACCGGAGCACAGUUCAACAUUUGCAGACAUUUCAAGUGUAG